AUGGCGGGUCCAGAGGUGGAUAAAAUCCAGAGUGAGACCAGCUCUAGUACUUUAGAGGCAGUAACUCGGGACAUUCUAGACGAUACGUUUUAUAAUAUUAUUCAUGAUAUCGUUGCGAAGGUUCAUCGGGAAGAAAAAGUGGCUCGAACUACAUCCGCCGUCAUCGCAGUAAGACAGAUUGCAGAAAGAGAAUUCAUGACAGAUGGCGUAUCAAAGGAUAAUACCAGCAAUGCACCAUCCGGAGGCACCUUUCAACCUGAAUUGGUCAAAGCAGAAACAAAAGCAGCAGUUUAUGACGGCGGUCUUGUGUAUUUGAAGGGCAACCCCUUAGUCACUACGAAAGAGAUCCUUUGCUCGAACUGUCAUCUUCCACGUUUACUCUACCCAUUAUUUGGCGAGGGCUCUCGUCCACCGCCAGACAUUAACAAAGAAUACUGCCGAAAACACCCACCUGUUCGUAUGCCUGGCCGCGAUGUCCAUGGAAAUCCGUUUGCUAUUGAAAAGAUUACCAAAAAGAAAAAGACACAGGCACCAGACAGCAACAAUACGCCUGCAUCGAGCCCUCCGUCAGGCACAGAGCCAGCUUCAGCAUCCCACUCCUUCAAGCAAUUGCCCGACAAAAUGUAUGUUCCGACAACGAAGUGUCCGAAUUGCCCUCGGUACUUUCUUUUGACCAAGAGUGCCCAACAUUUAGACAGAUGCUUGGGCAUAUCAACCAGACAAUCAAGUCGAAAUAGAACUCCAUUUGAAAAUGGUACAAACACUCCCGCUAAUCCGGCUCCGGCGUCUCGGAAACGAGCUCGUCAGGAUGAAGAAGAGCCAAUUACAGUUAAAAAGCGCAAGGAGACAGGAAUGCCGGUCAAAUUCAAGACUGGAAAGCCCGCUGUUCCUAGCAAGUUAAAGAACGGAACAACUCCCGAUAUGGCGCCUCCAGCUUCCCCAACGUCCGUUAAUUUAUCAAAAGCGACACCGAAGACGAAACUUAACAAACCUAGCAAAGACCGAGAUUCGAAAUAG